AACAGACAUAUUCCGCGUUUGUUUUUCUCCGCUAGCUGUUGAACGAGUUCUUUUUCUACGCAGAUUUCUACUCAUUUUUCGUGUCUGUUCCUACUUCGAAGCUUGCAGUUCCGGAGCGGUGUAGCUAUCACUUACCGUCGAUGCAGCAGUGAGCGCAUCAAACGAUGUGGAAAUAUGUUUCCCGUCGUAUACGCGAUGUGUACGACAAGACAGCCCAUGUACUAGAAGUACCGCGCACCUGGAACUGUGGAGAACGGUUCUGUGGGGAAACUCCACCGGAUGAUGGGACCCGCGGCCGUGUCCAGCAUGAAGCCAAUGGUAAACGAUACUGUCUGCUUCAUGUUGCCCGUCCGAAUCAGCUUGGUGAGCGGGCCAACCGGGAGUACGGUACCGGUUCGAACCAGUCGGAACGUGAGGGCACCAAGCGGAAGGAAUACCACCAGACACCCAUCGAACACUCUUGGUUGGGCGCUAUAACAUGGACCAGUGCCAUUAUCUGCGGAUGGUACACCACCCAGCUGCUCUGUCUUCAUCGUCGCACGCGGCGGUUCGAGCAUCCAUCCUUUGGCCGAGGUUUUACUUCCCAGUUGCUGUUGAACGCCUCGGAACAUCGUCGGCUGUCGGCGCGUCACUGUGAGGCGUUGGCGCAGUAUUUUGGUUUGCGAACCGGAUCUACUUUCGUUUCUCCGUACGCAAAACCAUCCAUCCCGGAGACAGCUUGGUCGUUUGGGAAGGAGCCAAGAAGGAACAACCUAGCCCAAUCGGUCGCCGCUUUCAUACCUUACGAUGGGCAAGAUUUUGUGGACUACAUCGACAAGAACCGUAGCGAGCUACAGCGCUUCGUUUUUCAUGUUAAUAACGAAACGAAACCGACUGUAAAUGCUCCUUCGACGGAUGAAUUUGCUGCACCAAACGGUGUCAUUCCCUUGGCGGAAGUACCAUCGAAGGACGAAGGAGCGACUGAAACGAUCGAUGAUGCGUUCAAAAACUUACUCUCCGUCCUGGGUGAGAUCGAGUAUCAGCUCGGGUGCCGCAAUUUGGAGCUGGGCGAAUACGAAUCUGCCGUUUCCCAUUUGAAGCUGGGAGCCAGCCAUCAUCAUGCCGGUGCUGCGUUUAAUCUCGGCAUUUGCUUCGAGCAAGGUUACGGCAUGCCGAAGGACAUGGGCAUGGCCUUGGAAUGCUACCAACAAGCUGCUAAUCAGGGACAUCCGCAAGCGAUUUACAACGUUGGAGUUUUUCAUGCCCGUGGGUACGCCGGUCUGCGUGCGAGUCGUUCGAUGGCGAAGAAGUAUUUCCUUGCGGCUGCCGAACUUGGACUGCAAGAAGCGAUUACUGCCCUCGGACCAAAGUACCAACGUAGCCGGAAGGAAUCGCUUGUUGUGGAGAAUGAGCAGGAUAACGGCGACCAUGUGCAUGCACCGUUUCAGUUUACGCUGGAGAACGUUGAUCAGUUCUUCGCCGAUAAACACCAUACCGAGAGAGCACCUGUGCAGCUACAACUUGUAGCAGCGGCUAGUGGAUAA